CGGAAAACAGGCAACUAACCCAACCAACCACCAUUCAUCCCCCACUCAUACUACUUCAAACCUCAAUCGCGCCCCAAUCCGCCUCAAUCCGACCUUGCGUUGCACAAAGCAUCUCCACCCCGCCAUCCCCCGCAUUUCCCCUCAAAUCCUUAUUCUGGCAAGGUUAUCCACCCGCCGCUUGCUACUUGUCUCCUUCCUCGUCCUUCUCCUUUCCACCAUCACACUGGCGCCAGCAACCCGUCUCCUCUCACUGCUGGGUCAAUUCUCCUUCAAAGCCAGAAAUACUUUCAUCCCAUCUCGACUAUUAACGACCACCUCUCUCACCAUGACACACCCGACUCCGCCGCCGGCACCCAAGUUCACCCACACGCCGGAUUCCGUCAUCUCCAACACCAAGCGUAUCAUCGAGUCAUCGCGUACGGUUCAAGACAAAAUCACGAAGGAGGUCACACCCGACAAUGCUACAUUUGGCGCCGUCCUCGAGCCGCUUGCCAUCGACGAGAACCACAUGGGUCUUGAGGCUGCCAUCCUCGGCUUCUACCAGCACGUCAGCACCGACAAAGUACUUCGUGAUGCCAGUAGCGAGGCGGAGAAGCUUCUGGACGACUUCGGCAUCGAAUCCUCGAUGCGUGAGGACAUCUACAAGCUUGUGUCGGCCGUCUACAAGGCGAACAAGGAGAAACCGAUCGACGAGAGUCCUGAGGCUAGGCGUCUGCUCGAGAAGAUGAACCAGGAUUAUGAACGCAACGGAUUGGGACUCUCAGAGAGUGAUCGUGCGAGAUUCAAGGAAAUCAAGAAGGAGCUUUCUCUCCUGAGCAUCGACUUCUCAAAGCGGCUGGGUGAGGAGAACGGCGGUAUCUGGUUCAAGCCCGAGGAGCUCAAGGGUGUACCGGAGGAUGUGAUCUCUACAUUCAAGAAGGGUAAGGGGGAGGACGAGGGGAAGUUGUUCUGCUCAUUUAAGUACCCCGACCUUUUCCCCAUGAUGAAGUACGCCGUCAACCCGGAGACGCGCAAACAGGUGUUCUUAGGCAACGAGAACAAGUGCAACGACAACGUCGACCUCUUUCGCAAAGCCAUGAAGCUUAGAGAUGAGAAGGCACGCCUACUAGGCUUCAAGUCGCAUGCCGAAUUUCAGCUGGCUACCAAGAUGGCUAAAACUCCCGCAAAGGUGAUGGAGUUCCUGAACGACCUCAGGUCCCGGCUACAGCCUGGAGGAAAGGAGGAGAUCCAUGGAUUGAGAUCCCUCAAGAAGGCUGAUCUCAAGGAGAUCGGGUUACAAGAUGACGGAAAGUACUACCUUUGGGAUCACAGGUACUACGACCGCCUUUUGCUCGAGAAGAAAUAUCAACUCGAUGCUCAAAAGAUCGCUGAAUACUUCCCUUUGACGCACACCAUCGACGGCAUGCUCAAGAUCUUCGAGGUUCUAUUCGGUCUAGAGUUCGUCGAGGUAACUGAUGAUAGCAAGAACGUGUGGCACGAGGAUACCAAGCAGUUUCGCGUCUAUAACGAGAAGCCCUCCGACGGCAGUGAGCAGACUUUUGUUGGUUGGCUUUACUUGGAUCUGCACCCCCGAGAUGGCAAGUACGGUCACGCGGCCAACUUCAACCUUCAGCCCGGCUUCACGGACGAGAACGGAAAACGCCACUACCCUGCCACCGCGCUGGUCUGCAACUUUUCCAAGCCGACACCAACCAAGCCGUCCCUUCUUAAGCAUGAUGAGGUGGUCACGUUAUUCCACGAGCUGGGACACGGCAUUCACGACCUUGUAGCUAUCACCAACUACUCUAGGUUCCACGGUACGAAUGUUGUCCGGGACUUUGUUGAGGCCCCCAGUCAGAUGCUCGAGAACUGGUGUUGGACGGUAUCCGAGCUCACAUCGCUGUCAAGCCACUACAAGACGGGCGAGAGUAUCCCCAAGGAUAUGAUUGACAACAUCAUCCGUACCAAGAAUAUCAAUGCGUCUCUCUUCAACCUCCGCCAGCUCCACUUCGCCUUCUACGACAUGAAGGUGCAUGACCUCGCCACACCAGAAGACGCUGAGAAGGUCGACCCCACUUCUGAGUACAACAACCUUAGGACGGAUAUCACCAUGCUUGACCCGCCGAAGGGAAUGGAUGACCACUUCGGACAUGGAGAGGCGACUUUCGGUCACUUGAUGGGCGGGUACGAUGCUGGCUAUUACGGCUACCUCUGGUCGCAGGUGUUUAGUACCGACAUGUUCUACACAGCUUUCAAGAAGGCGCCUAUGGAUGCCGCUACCGGAAGGAGAUACAGACAUGCUGUGCUCGAGAAGGGUGGAAGCAGGGAUGAGAUGGAUAGUCUGAAGGACUUCCUUGGACGCGAGCCGAACAGCGAUGCGUUCUUUGAGGAUCUUGGACUAGGAAAGAAGGCUUAAAUGGUUGUUUGCCUGUGACUCUAGGGACUAUGAAUCGAAGCCUGUGGUGCAUGGAUUGUAAAAAAAAACUGGCUAUGGUGAGAUAUGUGUAGAUGACCAAGUUUAUGAAAUUUUGUG